CCUUAGUUCAAGAUGAUGCUUGUUGUGGGAUUAACACUAUUGUGUAUCGUACCAUCUUAUAUCAACGCCUGUGGGGUAAAACCCUUUGGUGCUCGUGUGGUAAAUGGCGUUAACGCCCAGCAACACGCCUGGCCCUGGCAGAUUUCUCUCCGUGUGAAUGGAAGACACAUCUGUGGCGGUUCCUUGAUAACUCCCGAAUGGGUUCUCACUGCAGCUCACUGCGUGGAUAAAAACCCAAGACCAAGUGGAUACACCGUUGCUGUUGGUGUUCAUCGUCAGAGUGGAAUGACCAACGUUCAGCAAACUUUCCGUGUUUCACAGCUAUUUAAACACUCUGGAUUCAGCAUGAGGCAUUUUAGGAAUGACGUCACCCUACUUAAACUCUCAAGUCCAGUACGACUCAGCCCUCAAGUCAACACUGUGUGCCUGCCAUCUGCAGGAAGCCGCGUGCGACCUGGGACCCAGUGUUACAUUACUGGAUGGGGAAGAACCGUUGGCGGAGGCAGGGGAGCUGACACUCUUCAGCAAGCUGUCCUUCCUAUAGCAAAUGAUCAAGCAUGUGUUCAAAGAAACAGCUAUUUGGUGCCCGUUGAUACAAGAAGCAUGAUCUGCGCCGGCGGUCAAAGAGCCGCAGGUGGUUGCCAAGGAGACAGUGGUGGACCAUUUGUCUGUAACGAGGGUGGUCGAUGGGUUCUCCGUGGUGCCGUUAGCUGGGGACAUUCCAUGUGCCGUACUGAUCAUUACACUGUCUUUGCUAGGGUCAGCACUUUCAGGCAAUGGAUUGAUCAAAUUAUUGCAGGCGGCGGCGGCGGAGGUGGAGGAGGAUCUUCUUGCCAAGAUAGGGACAUGCGCUGUCCAGGAUGGACAAACCUUUGCUCUUAUCACCAAUAUGUGAGAGCAAACUGUCGAAAGACCUGCAGACUGUGCCAAGACAGUCGAAACGCCAUGAUUCUGUGCCUUGGACUGGUUCUUGCCCUUUUAGGGCCUUCUCUUACUGAAGCCUGUGGUUCCAAACCUUAUAGUGCUCGUGUGGUUAACGGAGAAAAUGCCCAGCCACACUCCUGGCCCUGGCAGAUUUCUCUUCGCGUGAACGGAAGACACAUCUGUGGUGGAUCUCUGAUCAAACCUGACUGGGUUGUCACUGCUGCUCACUGUGUGGAUAGAAACCCAAGACCAAGUGGAUACACAGUCGUUGUAGGAGCACAUCGUAGGACAGGAUCUACAGCCGUCCAGCAAACGUUCCGUCUUCGUCAACUUUUCAAGCACGAAGGAUUCAACAUGAGGCAACUGAAAAAUGACGUUGCUCUUCUUCAACUGCAGCGACCAGUUCAAGCCAGCGCAAAGGUCAACACUGUCUGUCUGCCAUCAUCUGGAAGCAAGGCCCAAGUGGGAUCACGAUGCUUUAUCACUGGUUGGGGUCGUACUGUUGGUGGUGGAAGUGCUGCUGAUACCCUUCAACAAGCCGCGCUUCCUGUUGCCAGUCACCAGGCUUGCUCUCGAGUCAAUGGUAGAUUAGUCCCAGUACAUGAACAAAGUAUGAUCUGCGCCGGUGGACAAGGCAGAGGUGGUUGCCAAGGAGACAGUGGUGGACCAUUUGUCUGUAACGAGGGUGGUCGAUGGGUUCUCCGUGGUGCCGUCAGCUGGGGACACAGUCAAUGUCGUACUGAUCAUUACACUGUCUUUGCUCGAGUCAGCAGCUUCAUUAGUUGGAUCAACCAAAAGAUGUCAGGUGGUGGUGGUGGAGGAGGAGGAGGAGGAGGAGGAGGAGGAGGAUCAGGUUCUUGCCAAGAUAAAGACAGGCGAUGUCGUACGUGGACAAUUUACUGUUCCAAUCAUCCAUAUGUGAGAGCAAAUUGCAGAAAAACCUGCAGACUCUGUAGAGAUCUUCAUGUUGGGCAGGAAUACAUUCUUCGAGAAGACAUGAUACUUGCUCUUGGUCUUGUGCUUGCCCUUUUAGGGCCAUCUCUUUCUGAAGCCUGUGGUGCCAAACCUUAUAGUGCUCGUGUGGUAAAUGGAGUUAACGCCCAGCCACACGCCUGGCCCUGGCAGAUUUCUCUGCGUGUGAAUGGAAGACACAUCUGUGGUGGAUCUCUGAUCAGACCUGACUGGGUUCUCACUGCUGCUCACUGCGUGGAAAGAAACCCAAGACCAAGUGGCUACACCGUUGUUGUUGGUGCUCAUCGUCGAACAGGAUCAACCUCUGUCCAACAAUCCUUCCGUCUUCGUCGGCUAUUCGUACACGAAGCAUACAGAAAUUUAAGAAACGAUGUAGCUCUUCUUCAACUGUCGCGACCAGCCCAAACAAGCUCCAGGGUCAACACUGUCUGUCUGCCAUCGUCUGGAAGCAAGGCCCAAGUGGGAUCACAAUGUUUUAUCACUGGUUGGGGUCGUACUGUUGGUGGUGGAAGUGCUGCUAAUACACUUCAACAAGCCGCGCUUCCUGUUGCCAGUCACCAGGCUUGCUCUCGUGUUAACGGAAGACUCCUUCCUGUAGAUGCGAGGUCUAUGAUCUGCGCCGGUGGGCAAGGCAGAGGUGGUUGCCAAGGAGACAGUGGUGGACCAUUUGUCUGUAACGAGGGUGGUCGAUGGGUUCUCCGUGGUGCCGUCAGCUGGGGACACAGUCAAUGUCGUACUGAUCAUUACACUGUCUUUGCUCGAGUCAGCUCCUUCGUCGGCUGGGUAAACCAGAAGAUCGGCUCAGGUGGUGGAGGCGGUGGAGGUGGAGGCGGUGGAGGCGGAGGCGGAGGCGGAGGUGGCGGUGGAGGAUCAGGUUCUUGCCAAGAUAAAGACAGGCGAUGUCGUAUGUGGACGCGUUACUGUUCCUAUCAUCCAUAUGUGAGAGCAAAUUGCAAGAGAACCUGCAGACUCUGUUCUUGUGGAGCAACGACAUUCACUUCUCGUGUUGUUAACGGAGUUAACGCCCAGCCACACGCCUGGCCCUGGCAGAUUUCUCUCCGUGUGAAUGGAAGACACAUCUGUGGUGGAUCUCUGAUCAGACCUGACUGGGUUCUCACCGCUGCUCACUGCGUGGAUAGAAACCCAGUACCAAGUGGAUACACCGUUGUGGUUGGUGCACACCGUAGAACAGGAUCAACUACCGUCCAGCAAAAUUUCCGUCUUCGCCAACUUCACAAGCAUCAAGGGUUCAGCAUGCGUAACUUGAGAAACGAUGUAGCUCUUCUUCAACUUGAGAGACCAGUCCAAGCCAGCGCAAAGGUCAACACUGUCUGUCUGCCAUCAUCUGGAAGCAAGGCCCAAGUGGGAUCACGAUGCUAUAUCACUGGUUGGGGUCGUACUGUUGGUGGUGGAAAUGCUGCCGACACCCUCCAACAAGCCAUGCUUCCUGUUGCCAGUCACCAGGCCUGCUCAAGCAUUAAUGGUAAACUCGUUGCAGUAGAUGAGAGGUCUAUGAUCUGCGCCGGUGGACAAGGCAAGGGUGGUUGCCAAGGAGACAGUGGUGGACCAUUUGUCUGUAACGAGGGUGGUCGAUGGGUUCUCCGCGGUGCCGUUAGCUGGGGACACAGUCGAUGUCGAACUGAUCAUUACACUGUGUUUGCUCGAGUCAGCAGCUUCAUUAGUUGGGUAAACCAGAAGAUAGGUGGUGGUGGCGGUGGAGGAGGAGGCGGUGGUGGUGGUGGUGGAGGAGGAGGAGGAGGAGGCGGUGGCGGAGGAGCAGGUUGUACUGACAUUAUGGGCAGAGCAUGCCCUGGUUGGGCGGAUCUAUGUAGCCACGCUGUUGUCAAGCAAAACUGCAGAAAAACAUGUAACGCUUGCUAAGUUUUAUUUUACCCCAACUACGAGCUAAUACCAAAGAAAUGACAAAGUGUCUUUGAAAUACGCAAACUUGUAAUGUUCUUGUAUUGGAAAAUAAAUAUGAAUUCUUUACCAAUA